AUGCGAGCAUUUUUCACCAGAUAUAAUCAAUUACUCGUAAGGAGGCCACUUGUUACGAACAUGAUAAGCACUGGCUUUUUGUUAGGAGCCGGAGAUUGUUCAGCUCAGAUAUUAUUUCCUGCAUCUCCGGGCCAACCGUACGACUUUGUCAGGACAUUGCGAGCAGUGGUAUACGGAGGACUCAUAUUUGCUCCAUUGGGAGACAAGUGGUACAAGGUCCUCAAUACCAAGAUCAUAUGGCGAGGCAAGAAUGAGAGAACAAUGUCAACUAUUCUUCGGGUUGCUGUGGACCAGUUGGUGUUUGCCCCCUUCAUCGGUAUACCAUUAUACUAUGCUUCAAUGACGGUAUUGGAGAAUAGAAAACCAUACUUGGAGCAUAUAGUGGACAAAUUUGAAAGUAGUUGGUGGGUGACUUUGAAAAGCAAUUGGUUAGUUUGGCCAAUAUUUCAAUGGUUUAAUUUUUACUUGCUACCAGUGCACUACAGAUUAUUAGCAGUGAACCUAAUCAGCAUCGGAUGGAAUACGUAUCUUAGUUAUGUUAUGCAUAACAAAGGAUAG